AUGAACGCGAUCGCACCGGCCGUGUCCAUAUUCUUCCUCUUGGCCUACGCCUCCGUGAAUCUCGCCUGCGCUCUUCUAGACACUGCCUCGCCUGCCAACUUCAGAAAGUCAAUUACUGGCUUCGUUUGUGCCUCGAAUUGCUAUGGCUUAACGGAAAAAGAUCUUUUUCAAAUUGAAGAGAUUGAAAUUUGGGAAUUUAGGCCAUGA